AUGUCGAAAUUCGAAGACGACGACGUCGACAAAUCGAUGCUGGAGCAAAAAGACGAGCCGACGGCGAAAUUCCUGCACAAAAUCGCCGAGAACGGAAAAGAGCGCGGUCUGCCGGAUUGUGUCGUCGCUUUUUAUGAAGAAAAGGCUUGGCAAGCGGUAAGAACGUGAUCGAGGUCAGAAAUAAUCUAAAAAUUGCAAAAUUUCAGACGAUAAGCGACGAAAAGUAUAAAAGUUGCGAGAAAUGCGGAAUGCCUCCGCCGCCGCCCAUCGAUUCGAUAGAGUAUGUGGAAAAACACUUUGUCGCCUAGUUUGGUGCAAAAUUCAAGUUUUAACACAAUUUCGUUGAAAAUCACGGGAUUUCCGUAAUGUAACAUCAUAAAUCCGUAAAAUGUGUAAUUGAGAGAACAAAGUGAGCAAAUUUCAAUGAGAAAUGAGAAAGUUUUAUCGAUUUUCAUGUUUUGUAUUGGAAAUGCUCGAAUUUCAGUCAUUUAUCGAUUAUUUUUUGGAGAUCUCUUUGUUUCGCAACGUGAUGUUCCACAACCAGGUAGGGGAAAUGCUGCACUGGGUACCACGAGCCAGCAGAAAUAAAUGGUCCCCGUUACAUGCAAGACGGUUGUGGAACAUCACGUUGCGAAACGAAGAGGUCUCAUUUUUCCUGUUUGAACGCUCCAAAAACUCGUCUCAACCCAUUGAAAAUCGAUAAAUUUUUUGCAGAAAACUCGGGCCACACGAAAAAUGCCGAUUGUGCGGAGAAAUGAAUAAGAAUCCGAUUGGAAUCGAGUCGGAACUGCCGAAAAAUGCUGAGAUUUUGAAGAAGAAAGAGGAGAAGCGGAGGUUUGUUUGGACGAAACUAGAGUGCGUGAAAUUGCUUGAAAUCUUAAUUUCAGAUCACUAAAACGAUCGGCGGACGAGUUCAAAAUGCCGAAAAUGUGCGAGAACCGCCCCCGCGGCAGAUAA